UAUUUUUGGUAUUGUGACAAAAAUAAAGCGAACAGAGCCUUUGUAUUUAUGUAUUUCUUUUUCAAACAAUUGAGUUGAGAAAAAAGAGAUGAUGUUUAUAGUUUCGUUUGCUUGAUUUGAUUUUUAUUAGAGCGGAAAAGAUUACUUGCUUCCUUGUGUCAGUUUCCUUUUGCACAAGAAUCCUACUUGAACUUCUCAUCAAGUUAUCAUUCUCUCUCUCUAUCAUUUAGAAACAUUUAAAAUUUCCCUUCACUUGCUAUCAUCACACAACUCUUUUUUUCUCAUUUAAUUGAUUCUUCAAUGUCUCAUCACCACUAUGAAACCAACCCUCAUUUCGUUCAGUUUUCCUCGCAGGAUCAACAUCCCUCUAGCUCAUGGACCUAUCCGGACCACCACCAGAACCCGCAGACUCAUCCAGUUGCUCCAUCAGGGCCUAAAAUAAAGACUCGAGGUCGCCACCAGACUGAGCCACCUGAACUUAUCCAUGAACCGCCUUCCUCAAGACCCAUGCCGCUGAGGCCAGAAGAACCGUUACCACCACGCCAUACUCCAAACCCUGGUAGGCCAUUGCUAUCGAGCCCUGAAGAUCAGCAACGACCUCCACACCAUGGUGGCUAUGGACCUGAGCCAACUCCAUGGAGGACCGCUCCAACACGACCAACGCACCACCAACCAGGUCCAAAGAUGACCAAACCCAUGAAACUACCGGCUACAGUCUGCUGUGCAAUUCUCUUGGUCAUCCUGAUUCUCUCCGGCCUCAUCCUCCUCCUCGUCUACCUCAGCAACCGUCCACACACACCCUACUUCGACAUCGCAGCAGCAAACCUAAACACCGCGAAUCUCGAAAUGGGCUACGUCCUAAACGGAGAUCUCGCGGUUGUGGUAAAUUUCACAAACCCAAGCAAGAAAAGCAAUGUCGACUUCAGCUACAUCAUGUUCGAGCUCUACUUUUACAACACGCUUAUCGCUGCCGAGCGCAUCGAGCCAUUCAUUGUUCCAAAGGGAAUGUCUAUGUUCACGAGCUUCCAUCUCGUGAGCAGCAAGGUCCCGAUACAAACGAUUCAGAGCCAGGAGUUGCAGCUGCAGCUCGGAACAGGUCCUGUGUUGUUGAACCUGAGAGGAACGUUUCACGCUCGCUCGAACGUUGGGUCGUUAAUGAGAUACUCUUAUUGGCUGCACACCCGUUGCAGCAUCUCGUUGAAGAACCCUCCUUCAGGGUACAUGCGAGCAAGAAGAUGCGUUACAAAACGCUAGCGGUUUGCAACUGAGUAUACUACUUAAAUUUUUGUUUGAUGCAUUUGAUGAUUAGUACAUAUGCAAAUAUAUACUUUUGUAUUGUUUUGUAUGUUUUCUGCUACAUUUAGAAAUAAAACAAAAAUUUUGCAAAGGAAAAAUGCAAUUGAUCUUGUAUCUUGAUUCUUGAAUAACAGUAUUGAUCCAAAAUUGUAUUUAGUUUGAAUCUAACUACUGAUGCAGCUUUCUUUUUUUAGAAAAAUAAAAACAUAAACCUUCCCUUA